CUCAAAUUUUAUAUAGCCUUCUACUCUCAUGUAUCACCUCUUGACAAGUAACUCCUAAAGAUGAUCUUAGGCUCAAUCUCCGCCUAGAAUAUACUAAGAAAUCUCCACAUGGUGCAAUAUUUGUUAAACAAAACCUCCUAAUGGUUAGUUGGUCUCUCCGCCCUCUUUGUUGAAGUAAUAUCUCUGUUACUCACAUUAUAUUCAGCUGAGAUGGAGAGUGAUGUUUCUUGCCAGGUUCUUGACGGGCUAGCAGCUCGGAUAACAACCGCGGUUCAAGGCUAUCAUCCUACAUCAAAACUAUUUGGGGAGUGUUGUUUGCAGGCUCAAUCUCCGCCUAGAAUAUACUAAGAAAUCUCCACAUGGUGCAAUAUUUGUUAAACAAAACCUCCUAAUGGUUAGUUGGUCUCUCCGCCCUCUUUGUUGAAGUAAUAUCUCUGUUACUCACAUUAUAUUCAGCUGAGAUGGAGAGUGAUGUUUCUUGCCAGGUUCUUGACGGGCUAGCAGCUCGGAUAACAACCGCGGUUCAAGGCUAUCAUCCUACAUCAAAACUAUUUGGGGAGUGUUGUUUGCAGAUGAAAGAAGAAAAUAGUCGAAGGAGACAACGUCGGGAUUGGGAUUAUGGUUCGAAACCCUAGCUCUAGAACAUGAAUCUUUGAUGCAUAAAACAGCAAGAAGAUGCAGUGAUCGAGUAGGAAUGCAAAGAGCGAUGGUCUUGAGAACUACCCCCGGCGAGAAACUUGUGACGAAACUUGUGACGAGAUGGUACAGAAACGAAGCCAAAUUCACAGUCCAACCAUUAGUGUUUUCAAGGGCUCAAUCUCCGCCUAAAAUAUACUAAGAAAUCUCCACAUGGUGCAAUAUUUGUUAAACAAAACCUCCCAAAGGUUUUUGACGGGCUAGCAGCUCGGAUAACAACCGCGGUUCAAGGCUAUCAUCCUACAUCAAAACUAUUUGGGGAGUGUUGUUUGCAGGUCCCAGUUGGCGUGGGUGAAGCCAUGACAGUGUUAAAACAUCCAUUGCCCAGUGCACAAGGGUUUGUGGGUUUUGAAAAACAAAAGAUGAAAGAAGAAAAUAGUCGAAGGAGACAACGGCGGGAUUUGGAUUAUGGUUCGAAACCCUAGCUCUAGAACAUGAAUCUUUGAUACAUAAAACAGCAAGAAGAUGCAGUGAUCGAGUAGGAACGCAAAGAGCGAUGGUCUUGAGAACUACCCCCGGCUAGAAACUUGUGACGAGAUGGUACAGAAACGAAGCCAAAUUCACAGUCCAACCAUUAGUGUGUUCAAGGUUUGAUAAUGACCUUGUCCUUUCGUCCAUUCCUGUUUCACGCUCCUAUGUCCACACCAACAUGGCCGGCUUCGUCAGUCUUCUAAAAGUCUGCAAGAGCGGGAACCCACAACUCGCCAUUGUCUGUGCAUCUUCAAGCUCCGUCUACGUCUUGAACUCCAAAGUUCCCUUUUCUGAAUCGGACCGAACAGAUCUGCCGAUGAGCUUCUAUGCCGCCACCAAGAAAGCUG